AUGUCACACAAUAUCCCCUUCAGCGGAACUCCCCCCGCUCCUUCACCGCCACUGAAGCUCUGUGCCAAUGGCUUUGCAGCUCGGUUCCUGCCUAUUACCGGUAUUGCGCUCACAGAGCAAGCGAUGGGACAUGAUGGUGCGGCGCGAGUUACCUCGCUGGGUCAAAUGUGGAGCGUUAGGGUUUCGUCGAAUGGAAGUGAGGGCUCGUACCUGAACAUGUGGAGGGAGGUGGUGAUCACGGAGAAGCUCGUACCUGACUUGGCAAAGCUCAACGGUGAGAUGGUUGCCGGAGCGUCAGCAGAAACUGACGGGGACGAGACCGAUCGGCUCAUUUUGCUGGAAUUUAAGGCUCGAAUAGCCGAUCCCGAUGGUGUUUUGAGCUCGUGGAAUGAUACUAGCCGCUUCUGCAAGUGGUACGGUGUCACAUGUGGUCGAAGACACCGAAGAGUCACUGUACUGGACCUCAGCUCCAAGCAGCUCUCUGGGGUUGUGCUGUCCCACACUGGUAACAUGAGCUUUUUGAGGAAAGUCUAUCUGCAGAACAACAGUUUUUGCUCUGGAAUUCCCUCGCGUUUCGGUCUAUUGUUUCGGUUGCAGAAGUCGGCCCUUGAUAAGAACUCAUUCAGUGGACAAAUCCCUUCGAGUCUCUCCCAUUGCUCUAAUUUGCUGUUACUUAACUUAGGCUACAACAUUCUGGACGGAAAUUUGCCCACAGAACUCAGCUCCUUGUCCAAGCUCCACAUACUUGUACUUCAAGUCAACAACUUGACAGGAGACAUUCCACCGUCGUUUGGAAACUUAUCAUCUCUUCGAGUCUUCACAACGACGAUAAAUAAUCUCACUAGUAGGAUCCCAGAGACUCUCGGGAGAGUCCUAGCUUUAACAGAAGUCGGUGGGGAAGAGAGUGAUCGGCUGGCUCUGCUGGAAUUCAAGGCUCGAAUAGUUGAUCCUGGUGGUGUUUUGAGCUCAUGGAAUGAUACUAGCCACGUCUGCGGCUGGUAUGGUGUCACGUGUGGUCGUAGACACCGCAGAGUCACUGUAUUGGACCUCAACUCCUCGAAACUGAUUGGGAUCGUGCCACCCCAUAUUGGUAACCUAAGCUUUCUUAGGAAAGUCUAUCUGAAAAACAACAGCUUUCACUCUGAAAUUCCCCCGCAAUUUGGCCGCUUGUUUCGGUUGCAGACGCUGUCCCUCAAUAACAACUCAUUGAGCGGACAAAUCCCUUCAAAUCUCUCCCAUUGCUUUAACUUGCUCAUUCUUAGCUUAGGCUUCAACAUGCUAGAAGGAAAUUUGCCUGCGGAGCUCGGCUCCUUGUCCAAGCUCCAAAUACUCGUACUUGAAGUCAACAGCUUGACAGGAAACAUUCCGCUGACAUUUGGGAAUUUAUCCUCUCUUCAAAUCUUCGGGACAGCGAUGAAUAACCUCGUUGGUACGAUCCCAGAAACUCUCGGUCGGCUGAGAAAUCUAAUUACCCUUUCUCUUGGCUCGAAUAAAUUUGUCGGUACGAUUCCCAUCUCAAUCUUCAAUAUAUCCACCUUAAAAAAAAUUUGGGCGGGUGAGAACCAAUUAGAGGGGAGCUUACCCAGCGACUUAGGCUUCACUCUUCCGAAUCUCGAGGAAAUUGGCUUGAGUGACAACCACCUUGGCGGACCCAUUCCUGAGUCAAUAUCCAACGCCUCUAAUCUUGCUAAAAUUCAAAUCGGAACCAACAACUUUAUUGGGAAAGUUCCUUCUUUCUCAAAGAUGAGAGGACUCUCUUGGCUUGAAAUUGGGGGAAACAACUUAGGAAGUCAGCAACUUGCUGAUUUGGAUUUCCUCUGCUCUUUAACCAAUUCCACAGUAUUGUAUACGUUGGGCGCAGGGGACAAUGCUUUUGGAGGACCUAUCCCCGACUGUAUUGGUAACCUCUCUAUCACUCUUUGGCGCUUUGUUUUAUGUGCCAAUCAUAUUUAUGGAACCUUACCUUCUAGAAUCGGAAAUCUCAUCAAUUUAGAGAUUCUAGCAAUGUGGAGCAAUAACAUCUCAGGAAACAUUCCUUCCGAGAUUGGAAAUCUGACCAAAAUGAAGAGAAUGGAUCUCAGCCAAAAUAAUUUCUCGGGACAGAUACCAGAACUUAUCGGGAAUUUAAGGAUGUUAACUGAAUUGGUCUUGUAUGGAAAUAGUCUUCGAGGCUCGAUACCAUCGUCUCUAGGAAACUGCCAGAAUCUACUUCUCUUGGACCUUUCGACCAAUGACCUCAGUGGUAACAUACCACCGAAAAUUGUGGGCCUCUCGUCUUUGUCAAUUUAUCUCAACUUGUCACGAAAUGGUCUUACUGGUUCCCUUCCAAGAGAAGUUGGAAACUUGAAAAAUCUCGGCGAACUACGUCUUGAUGGGAACAAAUUAUCUCAACAGAUACCAAGCAGUAUCGGUAGUUGUUUAUCCAUGGAACGCCUAUACUUACAUGAUAACUUUUUUGAAGGGCCCUUACCAUCAACUAUGGGUUCCAUGACAGGCCUUCAGGUUUUGAAUGUUUCCAACAACCGAUUGUCCGGCCAUAUCCCGGAGUUUCUAGGGUAUCUGAAUCUGAAGAAUUUGAGCCUAUCUUACAACGAUUUUGAGGGUGCAUUACCUACAAGAGGAGUUUUCAGAAAUAUCAUUUCAACUUCGGUUGUUGGAAACGAGAAACUUUGCGGGGGUAUGCCAGAUUUUCAACUACCAAAAUGUGACUACAAAGAGUCAAAAAGAACGAGAAUAAGUGGAACUGCAAAAAUCCUGAUAUCCACUGUCUCUACUCUUGUAGGAUUAGCCUGCGUAAUCUCUUUGUUAUACUUCUUCUGGUUUAGAAACAGUAAGAAAGUAUCAGCUGCAUCAGCUUCAUGCUCUUCUGAAGAUGGGCUUUUGCAUGUUUCUUAUUACAAUCUAUUGAAAGCGACAUGUGGAUUCUCCUCCACCAAUCUGCUUGGUGUUGACACCUAA